CUUUUGUUGCCUUGUUGCCUUGUCUCUUGACUCUCUUCCCACCUGCACAUUCACCAACACUCUCCUUCGAUCACACUCGAAAAGAACCAACACUACAAAACACUCCCAACUCCCAACUCUUAUGUCGGCUGACAUUCAUCAAACUUACGUUUCUUUCAUCCUCACCUCACUCUUCCCCAAAAAAACCAGCUUAGAUAUCUGUAGUUAGAAGAUCUACUCCUUCCUCUUAUUUUUAUUUCUUACUUUACUGUGAAGAAUCGCAUGAGGGUUUUGAUUUUCUCGACAUGGGUAUAGAUUUUUUUACAAAAGAAUUUCAUGUUUAGAUGGCAGAAGCAUGAAAUUUUUACAUAAUCGCAAGGUUUUUGUCGGAUUUUUUGUGUUCUUAACCGAAAAGGUGCAGUGGAGGUGUUUGUGAAAUCGUCUUUUUUCUGCCCUAAAAAAUGCAGUCAAGGUUAGUGACAAUGGAGGAAGGCAAAGAUCCCACCAAUAGUUCAAUCAAGACAAAUCAAUCUAGGGUUUUUCCAUUUAGAUUACUUAGAUUCAUGUUGAUUUUUCUAGGCGCGGGCAUUAUUCUUUCAAUCAUUAGUAUACGCAUGAACAGAAAUUUAGGCUUUCGGACUAUCAUUCCAGGAACACAGCCUUGUUUUCAAGAACCCAUUAGUUUACAGAAUCUGAUUAAGCCUCCAUCAAAUUACAUGCAUACCAUGAAUGACAGUGAGCUGUUAUGGCGAGCUUCAGUUGUUCCUCAAAUCAAAGAAUACCCGUUCAAAAGAAUACCUAAAAUUGCAUUCAUGUUCUUGGCAAGAGGACCAUUACCUCUGUCACCAUUGUGGGAGAAGUUUUUUGAAGGAAAUGAAGGACUUUAUUCAAUUUAUGUUCAUUCUUUGCCUUCGUAUUCACCAGAUUUUUCAACAUCUUCAGUCUUUUAUGGGAGACAAAUUCCUUGUCAGAUGGUGGAAUGGGGAAGAAUGAGCAUGUGUGAUGCAGAAAGACGACUUCUAGCCAAUGCAUUACUUGAUAUCUCAAACGAAUGGUUUGUCCUCUUAUCAGAAGCAUGCAUACCUCUUCACAAUUUCAGCAUAAUUUAUCGAUACAUUUCAAGAUCAAGAUUCAGCUUCAUGGGUGCAAUGGAUGAACCUGGACCAUACGGGCGGGGUAGGUACAACCCCAACAUGUUACCAGAAGUCAACAUUAGUCAAUGGCGAAAAGGGUCUCAAUGGUUUGAAACCAAUAGGAAUCUUGCAGUUGAUAUCAUUAAAGACACCAAAUUUUACCCUAAAUUUGAACAGUUUUGUAGACCUGCGUGUUAUGUUGAUGAACAUUAUUUUCCUACCAUGUUGACUAUUCAGUCUCCAUAUUUGUUGGCAAAUAGGAGUCUUACCUAUGUUGACUGGUCAAGGGGUGGGGCCCAUCCGGCUACUUUUGGGAAGAAUGAUAUGAGGAAGGAAUUUUUUAAGAAGAUUCUUGAAGAUCAAAAGUGUGUUUAUAAUAAUCAGCCGACUUCUGUUUGUUUUCUUUUUGCACGGAAGUUUGCUCCUAGUGCUUUGGAUGUGUUGUUGGAACAUUCGAUGGAGUUCUUUGGGUUCUAGUUCAAGAUUCUGCAGAAUUUUUUAGCUGAUUACUUGUAUUUAAGCAGCAUGAGAUACUAUUACUUACUGAGUAAAUCUUAAUCUUAGGAAGAUUUAUGGAACAGUUGAUGGCUGAAUAAUAAUUUGUUAUCACUAUUGAUGUAGUGACACAG